AUGUUAGUGUCUUUAACCCACAUAGAGGUUCCCCCCGAAGACCAAGUGACACAUCGCGAGGACAACACUAGUGCUUACGUCUCGGACACCAACCCUCUGGGAAAGGGGUCUCUAAUAAUCGCCCAAAACUCGUAUUCAUCCAGUGAUGACCUCAAUGUUGAUACACUGGUCCUAAGGAGUGCAUACCAUAUCAAAUGGUUGAGGACUGGCAUACCAUACCAGUGCUGA